AAAGCCUAUGAGUCAUGAAGCAUCAUGUCUCCCACAGGCGCACCGGCUUUACCACCUCGUAAACUAUCACAAACAAAUCGCCCUCAAUCUGUCGAACCAAUUGCAACUAGAUUGCAAAAUCCAUUACUUGAACCCAGUUGCAUAGAAGAAGCAGAAUGGUAUUGGGGCGACAUAACCAGAGAUGAUGUACAAGAAAAACUUGCUGACAUGCCUGAUGGUACAUUUCUGGUUCGAAAUGCAUCAAAUAAGGCUGGAGAGUAUACUUUGACAUUAAGGAAAGGAGGAACCAAUAAAUUAAUAAAAAUAUAUCACAAAAAUGAAAAAUUUGGUUUUUCAGAACCUUACAAUUUUUCUUCUGUUAUUGAUCUUGUGAACCAUUACCGUAAAGUUUCUUUGUCGCAAUAUAAUGCGACAUUAGAUGUAAAAUUAUUGUACCCUGUGUCCAGAUUUCAACAAGAUGAAGAGUUUGGUACUUGGAAAAGUUUGAAUGUAGACGUUGUAUGGAUGCGUUUGAUCGAACUGCUUAAAGAUAUUUUGAAGAAAUCUAUUUCAUAUGAAAAAUUGUCUAAAGAAUUUCAGACUACAACGGUCGAUAUAUCGUCAAUGCGUAUGGGACUGCAACAGUACCAGGAAGUGAAUAGAAUGUUUGAAGAUCAGUUAAGAGUACAUGAUAAAUUUCUUAACGAAGCUGAACGCCAUGAAUCUGAUAAUCUAGUUAAAAAUAUUGAAAUAGUAAAGAGACGAAUCAAGUUACUGCUAGACGGCAAAGCGGUACUUGAGGAGAAAUUAUUCACACAAGUGGACUAUAGUCAGACAUUGGAGCGGCAAAUGUAUCAAUUAAAACAAGAAGGUGCAAUAAUCACACGUCGGAAAGACAAAUCAGUUCGGUGGUUAUUGAACCAUGGUGUGGCUUACGAAGCAAUUCAUCGAGUGUUGAACGGCACUGAUUGGAAUACUUGUAAGCCUGAAGAUAUUCAACUGCCUCAGAACCUCUCUCAUUUAGAUGAGGGUACUUGGCUGCUGCAACCCUGUUCACGUGUAGAUGCUGAGCGUCUGUUAAAUGGCAGGCGCAAUGGAACAUUUUUGAUACGACCUAGUCGUACAGGGCAAUCAGCAUUAUCUAUAGUUUGCAAUGGAGUUGUAAAUCAUUGUAUAGUGUACAGUACUCCAAAAGGAUUUGGAUUUGCUGAACCUUACAAUAUAUAUUCAUCUCUAAAAGAUCUAGUCAUGCAUUAUUCUCAAACUUCCUUAGAAGAACAUAAUGAUUCUCUGACUACUACAUUAGCUUACCCUGUGAUUGCUGAAAAUGACAAAAAAUUAAAUGAGUAGUAUAUUACCAGUAUCAACAAGCAUGCCAUAGUGUUUAUGCAAUUUGGUGAUUCAAUUUUUGUGAUAAUAAUUACCUAUUAAAUGUUAAUUAUUUACUAGUAUUAAUAAGUUAUUUAAUGAGGAGCAAUAUUUUUCAUAUAAGUGUGCAUUAUUAAGAUAUAUUAUUGAUGAAAUUAUAUUUUAACUUAUUUGUAUUUAUUAUACUAAUACCAACUUGUUUUCUUUUGUGUUCAAAUAUUUAUGUAAAAAUUAUUUGUGUAUAGUAUACAUUAAAUUAUGUUAAAAACAUUAUAAAUUUAUACAAUUUAACAAAUUAUUUUUUGUUAAAAAAUAUGUGUUUUUAUUUUUAUAUUCUAAUAUAUUAGAACAACAAUAAUGAAAAUUUAUUUUAUUCUCACCAAGUGAGAACAUUUAUUGUCAUAGACACAUAUAACUAUAUUAACAAGAGUGAUUUUUAGCUUUCUACUAUACAUUUUUAAAUGUUUUAAAAGCAUAUUUGUGAUAAGUAUAUUAUAUUGUUUAAUACUCUUUUAAAUAGUUUUUUUUUUAUAAUAUGAAAAUGCAAAAACUAUAAGUUAGAUGUUACAUAACUUAAAAAAUAUGUCAUAUGCUAUCAAGUACCUUUUCAAAUAGUUUAUAUUCUAAAGUCUAAUUGUUAAUAGUAUCUAAUAACCUAAAAUUGGCCAAACAUGGGGAAAAUACCAAAUUAACUAAAAUAUACCUCAUCAGUAAUCUCUCACAAAAAAAAAAAUUUAUUAGCCCUAAAGGCUAAAACUAUAUUUCUUGAUUAAAAACUAUCAUAAAUUAUCUAUAUUAUCUACAUUUACAAAUAAACACAAACAUAAAAGGAUAAAAUUCAACUUUUCCUUGCUGAACAAUUAAUAGACCUAACCUAACCAUAAUUAAAAAGGUGGAUAAGUGGAUGUCGCUCUGCUGUACAGUAGGUUACAAGUGGGUCACUGUAAUGGAUGGUGUUAAAUUUGAAUUCAAUGAUAUAAUAUCAUUGUAUAAGAAAAACGAUUCUGAGCGAAAACGGUCAGUCAGCCUAUGAUAUUACCAAGUAUAUUUGAUGAUAUUAUUGUGAAUAAAGUAAUUUAUAAAUAACCUAUUUACGUGGAGCCUUGUUUUCAAUUUUCAAUCCUUAGCUAUAAAAGUUGAACAUUUUAUAAAUUUUUAACUACAAAAUAAUUAUUAAAUUAUAAAUUUGAUAAAUUCUGUCCAAAUUUGAUCUUUAAAUGCUUAUAAAAAAAAACUGUGCCUAUGUAUUUUCAAUAUUUUUCAACUGCUAUUGUAAAAAUAUAUCAGGAGUCUUGUAUUAAAUUUUUACACUUUUUGGCCCAACAGAUAAAACUUUAUUGAUAUUUAUAGAAAAAAAAACUAAAAAAAUUGAAAACUGAAAAUGCCCGUAAACAGCUCAAAAAGUGUCAAAAUAUUUUCAAAAUUGUAUGGUGUAUAGGAAAUGCUAAUAUAAACAUUCAGUGAAAUUUUCAUGUAUCUACAGUUAUUCGUUUUUGAAUUACAAGAAAAUAAGGAAAUCGGUACAUGAGAAAUCGAGUGAAUAUCUAAUGUUGUAAAAAUAUGAAUUUAAAACGCUCAUAAAAAUUUAAUUUGACUUUCUUGUAGAAAUUUUUUUUUUGAUAAAGUUAGACAAACUUAUGAGGAAUCUUGUAUUAGAUUUUAAAAUCUUAGAUUUAAAAAGAAAAUUUUUUAUGAAUUUCUAACUCAAAAUAAUUUGCAAAUUUUCGUGAUUUUUCCGUAUUUUUUCAAGAUUUGAACUUUAAACGUGUAUAAAAAAAAACUGUGACUAAGGAUUUUUAAUUUUUUUCAUCUGCCUUUGAAACAAUAACCUAGGAGCCUUCUAUUAAAUUUUCAAGCUUUUUUACCCAACAAAUAAAAUUUUAUUGAUAUUUAUAGAAAAAAAAAUUUAAAAAAACUGAAAACUGACAAUGUCCGUAAACAGUUCAAAAAAAGUCAAAUUAUUUUCAAAAUUGUAUUGUGUAUAGAAAAUGCAAAUAUAAACAACCAGUGAAAAUUUCAUGCAUCUACGGUCAUUUGUUUUAGAGUUACACCAAUAACCAAAAUCGAUUUUGUUAAAAAUCGAUUUUGCGUAAAAAUUCCCGUUUUUCCUUAAUUUUUCUUUUGUUUUUCACAUCGCUUUUGAAAACUACUGGGAAAUUAAAAUUUUGACCUCCCCAAUGCACCAACGAUAUUCACUUUCCCAUCGAACAAGAUACUGAAGUCGAAAAUCGAAGCAUUAUUUCGACUACUUAUCGUGUACACAGACACAAAAAUAAAAAAAUAAAAAAAAAAAACACACAUCAUUGUAAAAUCAAUACAUUCAUCGUUUCACUCAGAAUCUAAAAUAAAUAAAGAUGAAAAUAGUCUGAAAAUACUCAACAAACGUCAAAAGUCUAAUAACAGUGGUCGUCUGACUUGUGUAAGCUUUCUGUUUACUUAAUAUAAACAGGAAAUUUCGACAAAAAAUUUAUGGUAGGUAUAUUUCUGUUUUACCGGACAACCUUUUUUGUUUUAAUGUAUGCAUUCUGAAAACAGUGGUGAAGUCAGAAUUUGGCGGUAGGAUUUAAUUUUGAAGUUAUAGCUUAUUUGAAUUCCGAUACCUACACCACAAGUCGAGGGAUGUUUUCAAUUUUAAUUGUUCGAGUGCGACCACCCAGGGUGUUUAUGAAAAUACUAUUCAAAUUUUUUUAUAUUACAAUUAGCUAUAAGUUAUAAGUUAUAACUUUAAAACUAAGUCCGACCUCUAAAAUCUGACUUAACUAUUGUUUUUAGAAUCCUUAAUUACAUAUUAUGUUAAAACAAAAAAAUUGCAAAGAAAGGGUAUCCGGUAAAACAGAAGAGUUCCAUCUAAACAAAUUAAU